CUCAUGUGCUCCCAAGAGGCGCUCCCAGUUCACCCGCGUGUGCUCCUGCGUGUCCUGUGCCCACCAUGAGGCCCCUGGUCCUGCUGUGGGGCUGCCUCCUGCUCCCAGGUUAUGAAGCUCUGAUGGGGCCGAAGAAGAUCAGAGGUUUCGAAGGCGACACUGUGUCCCUGCAGUGCACCUACGAGGAGAAGCUGCGGGAGCACAAGAAAUACUGGUGCAGGAAGGGCGGGAUCUUCGUCUCCCGCUGCUCGGGCAUCAUCUACGCGCGAGAAGAUGGCCAGGAGAGGACAGAGGGCAGGGUGUCCAUCCAAGACAACCCCCAGAAGCUCACGCUCACCGUGACCCUGAGGGAGCUCACCCUGCAGGACUCGGGGGACUACUGGUGCGGCGUCACCAUCCUGGGCAUUGACGAGACUGUCCUGGUCUCUCUGCUGGUCCUGCCAGGUCCCUGCUGUCCUCCCUCCCCCACCCCCUCCUUCCAGCCUCUUGCUACAAGCCUCCAGCCCAAGGCCAAAGCUUGGCAAACCCAGCCCCCAGCAUCGACUUCUCCUGGUGCCCACCCGACAGUCACCAAGCAGGGGAAGACAGAGGCCGAGGCCUCUCCAUUCACAGGGACGUCCCCGCCCGAGCCCGCAGGAACCUCUCUAUACACAGGAACCUCUCCGUACGCAGGGACCUCUCCGAACGAAGAGCCCCCCCUUCACAGAGCCACCUCUCCUCAUGCAGGGACCUCUCGGCCUUCCACGUACCUGGACUCCACCUCUACGGAAGACCCCACGUCCAGGGCGUCCCACUCAAAGGCCCACAUCCUGGUGCCGGUCCUAGUGCUGCUGGUCCUCCUGCUGGCCGCAGGCCUGGCUGUCGUCGGCAGGUGCGUGCUCCGGUGCAGGAAGGAAGUUCAACUGGACCCGGAGACACAGAAUGAGAAGGUCCACCUCUCACACUUGAACCGCCUGGGCCCGGAGUACGCUGUGGUCAACCUCGCAGCACCCCCUGGGCCUCGAGCCGGCCCGAAGCCCUCCGCCAGCCCCUACACGGAGAUCCCGGAGAUCCGGCGCCCAAGCCAGACUUUGAAGGAAGAGGAGGCCUCCAUCCAGGACCCAGCGGGUGAGGCGAACCCAGGGCCUCCCCUUCACAUGUCCGAGGAGGAGCUCAGAUCCUCCGUGUUCAUCCCAGUCUAGCCACUGGACGCCCUCCGGGGCAGGCCUGCUGCAACCGUGACCUGGAGUGGCUGGAUUUACGCGAAUUGCAAUAAGCUUUGGGCCAUGGCCUCAGAGUUCCCCCGCCAGGCGCCAGGCCUCUGCAGGCUCCCGGGCUCUCCUGCUGCCCCAGCCUGGCUGGAUGCCUGUGCCAGCCUGCCGCGGGGCCCCGCAGUUCCAGCGGGGACAGGACCUCCCCAGCACGGUCACAUCCCCGGGCCCUCGCCAGGGCCAGGCAGGGCUCAGAAGACCUGGUCUGUGUGUACCUGCUGCAGGCAGUCCCCUGGGCCUGGACCCAGCAGCAGGCUUCCCUCCGCCCCCUCCAGACCCCACCGGCUCCUCCCUUCCCUCCGUCCUCAGACUCAGCACCACUCGCUCCUGCAUAAGCUGGAGGGAGGAGGGGGCAUGUUGCGGGUUAGACCAGUUCUGAUUUCUCCACGUGCAGCUGUGAACCACGGCAUCCCAGGCCUCAGGAAGCUGCUUAAAAAGGUGAUUCCUGGGCUCCAUCCCAUCCUUCCAAGCCGGCCCUGGGGCUGGGCCCAGGACUCGGGAUUUCUAACAAGUACCUGGCGAUCUCAGGUGGAGAACCCUGGGCACCCUGAACGCUCAGUACUUACGUUUGGGAUGUGGGGUCUUCCACCCGCCCCGAUAGGGAUGCUCUGCCCAUGAACCAUGACCCAGAGGGAGGCUUUCCUGCCUGAGGUCAGCCCAGGGCAGGUACACACUGCGAGGCAGGGAGUCGCCUCUCUGAUGUCCCCACUCAGCCAGGCAUUCAUUCCAGGCUUUGGAGGAAGGAUGGAGAAAAGCUUGGCUCCUUCCUUGUCGAGAAAGAGUUAAUUGCCUGUGGGUGCUGGUGAGGGGCUGGGGUGAGGGGCAGGAUGCCACUGGUGCUGGUGGGUCUCUAAAAGGGAAGAGGGAGGGUUUAGGGCAGGAACCUAUGGGGAACCUCAAGGUGACCCUGGGUCUGGCCCCUGAGCUACUAUUACUUUUCUUUCUUCUUUUUUUUUUUUUACAGUGAAAUUGGGGGCAGGGGGUAGGGGGUGGAGAGGGGAUAGCUUGCCCCGUAUACCCAGAGACCCUCAUCACUGCAUUUCGUUGUAUUUCCUUUCAGUCUUUUUUCUCCGCAUCAUUUGCUGGUGUUCUUUUACAAAUCAUUUUGCAUAUAUAACUUCAUAUCCUGCUUUUCCCACUUCACUAUUAUUGCAGAUAAGCAUUUCUCCAUGUUUUUACAGACCUUUUAUAAAUAAAGUGUUUAUCAGCUGUGUCAUAUUUCGCCAUGUCAGGGUGCUUUAAUUUCAUUGUUCUCUUCCACUAGAUAACCAUUUUCCACUUGUGCUUUGCGCAAGGCUUUAUCUGCACUUGGAGAUUUCCUUAAGAAGGAUUUGCGUCUGUGAAAGUGCCGGGUCAUAGGGCAUAAAUAUUUUUGAAGUUGCUAAUACCUAUCGCUAAACAGCUGACAAAAGAACAAUGCUGAGAUGUUCCAAAUUAAAUUACAGCAGGCAGGAGAGUGAGCAAAAGAGACAGGAAUAAUUAACCAGUGAAUUAUUAUACUAGUAGUGGUGAAUUAAUUAACCAAUUAAUAGCUGUGGGCCAACUGACAAAAGACUGCUGACAUUCCUGAAUGUUUUUGGAGCUUUGAGUCAACCUCCGGGCAUCGACCAGCUGACCCCAGACAUCACCGCAUCCUGCAUAUAAACAAACGAACGUUCUGGACUGUUGCCCGAAACCAAUCAAAAGAAGCGAAUAUUUCUUCCUUCCCCAGAAGGUGCUCCUAUCACAGAACUGUCCCUGCUUCACCUUAUCUCAGCCCCCUUCUGUAGCCAAUGUAAAUUCUGUCCAAACAAACUGCAUCUUUCUUCCCCCAAACAAAAUAUAGAAAAACGCUCGUGGAUUCCAGGAUGGGGGGCACGUUGCCUUCCCGCCCGAAUCAUGCUGUUGGCGGUUCAGACCUCAUGCUCAGGACCUGGCCCUUCUCUGGCUACAAUAUGGCCCAAUACCCCCUUUCUUCUCAAAAAGGCGUUCAGCAGGUUAGUUGGUCCGGGGGGAAUCCACCGCCAUUGACCCCAAGGCCUCUGUCAUGGCUCUGCGCUCCCCCAUGGCCGUGGGUCUCCACAAGGGCCACAAAGUGACCAAAAACGUGAGCGGCUGCCGCAGGCGCCUCACCACGCACCUCACCACGCACACCAGGUUCCUGCAGGACACGAUCUAAGAGGUGUGUGGCUCUGCCCCCUGUGAGCAGUGCACCGUAGAGCUGCUCAAGGUCUCUAAGGACAAGGGGGCCCUGCAAUUUAUCAAGAAAAGGGUGGGGACACACAUCCACGCCAAUAGGAAGAGAGAGGAGCUGAGCAAUGUCCUCGCAGCCACGAGGAAGACAGUAGCCAAGAAGGACUGAGCCCCAUCCCCUGUGUGUGUGAUAAAACCUGUUCAGGAAAAAAAAAAAAA